UUGAGGAUCAAGGAUGCCGUUGCGUUCAAAUGUGCAUUUUACCAUUCGACCAAGCCCCCAGUAUCAAUUGAUAACAUAGCUAUUGGAUUGGGGUACCAACUCUUGAUGCACGGCAACCCCCCCCUUUCCCAAGAUUGAAAAUGGAUUGGCCAAGCACCGAGACGCUUUUCAAUGAUAAUCAUUUCGGGAACUUCAAGUACGAACCUAGGUCAUUCAAGAUCGUUAGGAAACUGUACACUGAUAAGGAACUUGAAUGUUGGGAUAUAAAAUCUCCUAGAGAUUUGAAACAGUGGAUUGAGAAGAAUAGGCACUUGUUGCGGGAGAGUUAUCAAGAUGGCACAGUUGCUAUGUUAGUUUUCAUCCGGCAUCAACGUUAAUAUCAAUAAAUACCAACAAGGCCAUUCCAGUCUCUUCAGCCGUGGCGGAAAUGCGGACUAUUCACACACAUCAUACCUCC